CUCAGAUUCUCUCUCUCAUCAUUUUCGAUAAGAGAGAAACAAGAAUCCUUUUGCUGCUUCACGCUAACCUCACACAUCACAAAUACAGCACCUUUCCAUAAACAGCAGGGACCAUGAUCAGGUUGUUUAAAGUAAAAGAAAAGCAGAGAGAAGAAGCUGAGAAUGCAAAUGGAAAGCCACCAGUCAAGAAACAAAGUGCAGGAGAGUUGCGUCUUCAUAAAGAUAUAAGUGAGCUAAAUCUACCCAAAACAUGUAGCAUAUCAUUUCCCAAUGGAAAAGAUGACCUCAUGAACUUUGAAGUCACCAUUCGGCCUGACGAAGGAUAUUAUAUGGGUGGCACAUUCACGUUCUCUUUCAGUAUAUCUCCAAUAUAUCCUCAUGAGGCCCCAAAGGUUAAGUGCAAGACAAAGGUUUACCACCCUAAUAUUGACUUGGAAGGAAAUGUGUGUCUCAACAUUCUUCGAGAAGACUGGAAACCUGUGCUCAACAUUAACACCAUUAUCUAUGGCUUAUAUCAUCUGUUCACGGAGCCGAAUCAUGAGGAUCCCCUCAAUCACGAAGCAGCUGCUGUGUUGAGAGACAACCCGAAGUUGUUCGAGUCCAAUGUCAGAAGGGCAAUGCAUGGAGGCUAUGUUGGGCAAACGUUCUUUACCCGUUGCAUGUGAUGUCUUCAAGGCUGAAACAAAACUCGGGGUGUCUGUAAAGUUCGGAUGCAAAAUUAAUUCAGGUGGUCUUUCUGCAACAGGUUGGGUUCAAAUGUCUUUAAAUUUACGUCGGACCAGAAAAAAAUAUUCUGUAUGCUAAGUGUAACUCUGCAAUUUGUUUUCUGGAUAAGUUCAUGUAUAAGACCAAUGGCGGAGACCUAUGUUUUGAGGACCUUGUGUACAAUUUGAAUUCAUGUUCACACAUCCUAUGGGAGAUUCAAACAUGAUAAGGUGUCUUUUCAGUUCA